AAGCACCACGCGGUCGGGCCGAAACUUGAAUGACUUCACCGUUGCUUUCUUGAGAAAAUCCGUUUAGCUUCUCCGCUGCUGCUCCAAUUCCGCUCUGACCGCUUGAUAUGUCGCCGCUACCAGUCUAGCGGUCUGUCCGACAUUUGCUCCGUAUAUGGCCGCGCCCCGUCGUGCCCGGUUUUAUUUUCUUCCGUCCACUCCAUCUCUAUCGCCGCACUGAUCUGAUCGCUCUCGAAACCCUGGGAUCAACCCGGGCGGUGUUCCAGCGAUGGCGAACAAUGCUGCAUAUCAGAUGCCGCAGGUGAAGACCACCUCUAAAUCCUCCAAAACCACCUUCCAUUUCGCCGCCGGCCUCUGCUCCGGCCUCACCUCCUCCAUCCUCCUCCAACCCGCAGACCUCCUCAAGACCCGCGUCCAGCAGUCCCAGCAAACCGCCGCUCUCCUCCCCACCCUCAAAGCCAUCCUCUCCUCCCCCAAUCCCAUCCGCGGGCUAUGGCGCGGCACCCUCCCAUCCGCGCUACGCACAGGCUUCGGCUCCGCCCUAUACUUCACCAGCCUCAACGCGCUGCGCCAGGGACUCGCGCAAACACCGACAGCCUCCGCCGCCGCGGCCGCCUCGUCCUCCGCACUCCCCAAGCUCUCCAACUCAGCCAACCUCACCACCGGCGCCGCCGCUCGGGUAGCGGCCGGCUUCGUGAUGAUGCCGGUGACGGUGCUCAAAGUACGAUAUGAGUCGGACUACUACGCGUACCGCAGCCUGUACGGGGCGGCGCGGGACAUCGUGCGCACGGAGGGCUUCCGGGGCCUGUUCUCGGGGUUCGGGGCCACGGCGGCGCGCGACGCGCCCUAUGCGGGUCUGUACGUGCUGAUCUACGAGCAGCUGAAGCGACGGCUAGCGGCGCUGGCGCACCAGGGGUCCGGGAGCGCCGAGAACCCGCUGGGCUCGUCGUCGUCGUCCUCGAUUAACUUCGUCUCCGGGGGACUGGCUGCUGGACUGGCCACGACGAUCACGAACCCGUUCGAUGCGGUGAAGACGCGGCUGCAGCUGAUGCCGGGCAAGUAUGGGAAUAUGAUGCGCGCGGCGCGUCUGAUGGUCCAUGAGGACGGGGUGCGUAGCUUGUUCGGCGGUCUGGGGCUGCGGAUUGGUAGGAAGGCGCUGAGCUCGGCGCUGGCGUGGACGGUGUAUGAGGAGUUGAUCCUCCAGGCGGAGAAGCAUUGGGCGGCGCAGAGCCAAGCCCAUGUAUAACGAACUGAUUUAUUUGGCUUUUUCAGUGAAGCUCUCUGUAUUUAUAUGUUUGCUCGAGCGCCAUUUGUUGGAGUUAUUCGUUGUGGCGUUUCAAAAAAGAAGGAAUGGCCAUAGACAUGUUUUAAGAUCAGUGUCAGGUACCAGUGCGAAGUGGAUAUCCGGAUGACUGGAUUUAUCUGGGUUCUAAUGACAAGACUCCUCUC